AUUUUCCCUACCAUAAACGCCCACUUCAUGGCUGGAGACCCCUUCAUGUUCACUGACAUGACAGAGCUAGAGGAUAAUUACGCCUAAUUGAUUAAGAGAAUGUCUAGUGAACCAGCAGAAAAGAAAACCAAAAUGCCUCUAACUUUGGCCUACUGGAAGAUAAGAGGGCUUGCUCAGCCUAUUCGACUGCUUCUCAAGUACAAUGAACUGGAGUUUGACAACGUGAUGUAUCAGCAAGGAGAUGCUCCCGAUUAUUCAAGAGAAGGCUGGCUUAGUGUUAAAUUUACACUUGGAUUGGACUUUCCAAAUCUGCCGUACAUGAUUGAUGGAGACACGAAGAUCACUCAGAGCAAUGCGAUCUUGCGUCAUGUUGCCCGGAAGUUCGACUUGUGUGGUAAUACUGAGACUGAGAUGGCCAUGGUAGACAUGCUGGAAAACCAGGCAAUGGACUUUAGAAAUGGCUUCACCCGUGUCUGCUAUAACUCCAACUAUGAGUCCUUGAAAGAAGACUACAUCAAGGCUGCAAAGGACAAAAUAAAGGCAUUCUCAACCUUUCUUGGAGGAAAGAAAUGGUUCAUUGGAGACAAGCUCACUUUUGUGGACUUUGUUCUCUACGAGCUGUUGGAUCAACAUCGAAUGUUUGAGCCCUCCCUCUUUGCUGAGCUUCCUAAUUUGAAGGAAUUUUUGGACAAGUUUGAGGCACUGCCUCCCAUCAAGGCGUACAUGGAGUCUGCAGAGUUUAUUCGCUAUCCAGUCAACAACAAUACAGCCUCCUGGGGAGGAAAAUAGAGACAGACGUUGCAAUAAGAACACUAAGAACUUUGUGUAAUACACAUGCAUUGUUUUUCUAACGAUGAUAAUUAUAGUAAACUUUUCA